AUAUCUUAGCAAUUAUGGCUAAGAGCAAAGCUUCUAAAGAACCACCAAAGGUCAAAGAAGAAGAAACUGUCACAGAAAGUGAAGAGCCAGCUCCAAUUGAACAAGAAGCAGUUGAAGAAGAGCCAUCAGCUAUCACCCCUCCUAUUAUCCUUGAGACACCAAUUGAGGCUCACUUAGCUCAAAUUGUCAUUGAAAGUUUCGGAGAUGAAGAACAAGACCCUCUCUUCACUGGAGAAAGAACUGUGAAAUAUCAUGGAGGUCAUGUCUACACGGGUGAGUUUGAAGAUGGUAAGAUGGACGGUGAAGGGGAGUAUACCUGGGCAUAUGGCUUAAAAUAUAAAGGGGACUUUAGGAACAACGUUAUUAGCGGUAGAGGCUGCUACAUGUGGGGUGAUGGUUCCGUGUACAAGGGUGAAGUAGAGGAGGGUUUCAGACAUGGCAAGGGUUCCUUUUAUUGUGCUGACAAUCCCAGUAUCUACUCCGGGGAUUGGGUACAUGGCAAACGGACUGGAUCUGGAAAGAUUUGCUACGACAAGGACGAGCUAUCGUACUACAUUGGAGACUGGGUAGACAACAAGAAGUGUGGCAGAGGCUUCAGACAGUACCCAAGUGGAAGUACCUACGAGGGGGACUGGUUUGAGAACCUCCGGCAUGGCCAGGGUACCAUGCGCUGGGCAGGAACUGGCGAGUCUUAUACAGGAGAGUGGAACAUGGGCAUUCAGCACGGAGAAGGAACGCAAACGUGGGUGGUAGAUACUAGCUCACAGCUGCCACUGAAGAAUGAGUACAAAGGACAAUGGGUGAAUGGGAAGCGCGAUGGAGCUGGAAUGUUCAACUAUGCUAGUGGAGCGAGGUACGAGGGAGAGUGGAAGGACAAUGCCAAGCAUGGUUACGGAAAGUUCUUCUUCAAGGAUGGAACCGUCUUCGCAGGUAAUUUCGAGAACGACAGUAUUGUGGGAAGACCAGGCUCUCCAGAUGUUGGGAAAAUGAUGAGAAGUGCUAUUGUAACGGGGCGAGUCUCAUCUCCUCUACAAAACGCAACUAAGAAGAACCAAAGCUCGUUCCAAUUAGACAUCAAGAGUUUGAUAUCAGACGAGAUAUUCCAUGACGAAGAGCUACAACAGGUGCACAACGUGUUACUACGUCACAUCUCAGAUCUGAGGAAGAUUUACAAUCACUACUGCAAACUUGCAGACCAGGAAAGCGGAAUCCUCGCAAGAAUGGAGUUCUGGAAGUUUGUCAAAGACACGAAGAUUUAUCUCAAGCUUUCCAUGCCGCUUGCUGACUCCGUUAUAUCUGACUCGCUGGAAUUGGAAUGUGAAACAGAAAGAGAAUCUCCCUUCACGAAGUUCUUGUUCAGAGAGUUCCUACAGGCUGUAGUGUUCUUGGCUGUCUACAUCUACCAGGAUCAGGUCACGCGAGAGAACGGUAGUUUCGUGUCAAAGUGUUUGUCUGGCUUGCUUCAUGAUCACGUGUUACCUCUCGAUCUGGACGCCAAUACAGGUUACUCCCACUCUCAUCCAACAAACAAGCAGUACAUAGAACGAUGCUGGAAGAUCUAUCUCAUCCUGAGUAAACGGUCGUCUCACCAGUUUACCAUACGGGAUACACUUUUCGUACUCAAGGAUUUGAAACUGUUGAGUGGCUCAUACCCCCAUCUCGACGUUAACUCUGUAAUUAACAACAUAAUGCUGACCAUAAACGAAAACAUGCAAGUAGAUGAGGCGCUCUACUUGGAUAUUCCGAUAAACUUCUACGACUUCUUCAAUAUACUGUGCGGGUGUGCUCUGGUGAUCAAACACUCUUCUCCUAAUGCUUACAACCUCCACAGCCAACUGGGGACGGAGACGGAUAUCUCUAAUGGUGGAGGUAUCCUACUCUCUCCUGAUAAGACUCCCUUACCCCCUGGAUCUGAGUCUCCUACCAAGUCUCUUAGUAAAAAGAACACCCCUUCUGAGACUCCCAUUCAGACCCCGGCACCCUCUGCACCGGACUCUGAUGGCAACGACGGGGAAGGUUCAACUCCAAUGGUAGACAGCGUGGCUAGUUUGGAUAACCUUCGAGAACAAAGUAUCCUUAUUUCUCCUUCUAUUGACGAGAGAUGUGGAAGUUUCGAAGACUGGGAUUCUCGAGUGGAAGAUUUCUUCGUGUGUCACUUCUUCCCUGCUGCUGAUAAACUGAUCGAGGUGGAGGCUAGAAUCGCCGAACAAAGGGAAACAGAAAGACUGGAGCAGGAGAAGGCGGAGGAAGAGAAAGCUCUGGCCCCGGAGUUACCACUUAUACAGCUCAAAUCACCCUCUGUUGCAACCAACCAAUCUGAUAUUAUCAAUCAAGAAAGUAUGGACACCACGAUGACCGAACAAUCAGCUACUGUCACAGUGUCUGGAUAAGAAUAUCGGACUAGAAAUUAGAGUCCCUUCUCGUUAAGGGGAAUUAUAAGCUUCACUUGUACUUGUAGUAAUAGUAUAUUGUAAAUAGUGUUAAUGUGUUAUGUUAAGUUUCAGUACCAACAGUUUUACAGACAUUUUUAUAUCAUGUAUAUUGUAUAACUAUAUAAAAUCAAUUCUUUUAAAGAAAAUAUUCCACUUUCACGAAAUUUUAUAAUUUUUGUAGUUACCUAAUAGUAAUUAAGUAAUACCUUUUGGUUGUAUACAUACAUGAUAUAAGUCCUAAAACCAAGAUCAGAUGACCUGUCAUGUAGUCAAUGCAGUAAUUCGAAAGAAAUUUGAUCAUGAUGUCAGAGUGUAAUUAAUUGUAAAUGAUUUCGGCACUGCUCAAUUUUGUUUAGAAUGUUUUGUUUCUGGUGUCUAAUAUAAAGGUAUAUAUGAUAUAAC